GCAUUUUGGCAGUCCCUUCUCUCUCGGUCGCUUCAGUUCAGCCUGUCUUUCAAGAAGAGUAGAAGGAUCGCCGAACUGCGAUGACUUCUCCGUCUCAAGAACACCCUGAGUCCAUUGAACCCGAAAAGUCCUCACCCCAGAACCUCGGUUCCGAUGUGCCUCACGACCUACAAAACCCAGAACCAUCAGAAACCCUAACCCUUCAAAUCCCUUGUCCCCAGAACCCACAACAGGACGAUGAUCCAGACCAAAUCCAAAUUGAGGAAGACCCUAACACGGGCGAUGCAGAGAUGCCCGCUUCCAUCCCUCCUCUUGUCACUGACCUCCAGGUCAAGUCUUCCACUGCCUCCCCACGCCUCGGUGGAGGUCCGAAACGCAAGAAAAAGGGCUUGAAACGACGCGGGAAAGAGAAGAAUUUCUCAAAAAAGCGCAAGAUCCUCGAUGAAAUCCUAAAGCCGAUCCCUUUUGUUCCUCCCGAUCUAGAUUUCUCCAGGCACGAAAAGCUUCUGAAGCGACUAGGGCUUUGGGAUUUUGUUCACUUGGAGUUUGAUCGAAGCCUUCGAACCGAUCUCCUCGCUCAGUUGAUCGCUAGUUAUGGGGAUCGUUGUAGUUAUGUGAAUGGAGCUCGAAUCAAUGUUAGCCGAGCCGAUUUGGCCCGUGCAUUGAAGCUGCCGGUGAAGAAGGAUAAGGACACCGUAGUGGAAGAAGAAGAGUCUGAGGAAUCUAAAAGUUUUGUUCAGGAAUUUCUGUCCAAGUGGGUCAUUCUGCAAGGGGACGAGAUGGACGAUAUGUGGAUAAUGCCGCCAGAGGUAUCGAACUGGACUAAAGUGAUCAAAGAAGGGCAUUUUGAGAAAUUAGAUUGGGCGAGUUUGAUCUGGUCUAUGGUGGAGAAAGAGCUAAAGUCUGCUCCAGAUCUUGGAAAUUGUUAUUAUGCAUCGCAUCUACAGUGUUUGAUAAAAUGCCAAAAGGAAGAAUUGUUGCGGGAGGAACCCAAAAUGGAGGUUGACAAUAAAGAGGAGGAGGAGGAGGAGGAGGAGGGUACUGGGGAUGUCAAGAUGGUUGAUGGGGAAGUCAAGAUGGUUGACGGGGAAGUCAAGAUGGUUGAUGGGGAUGCCACGAUGGUGGAUCGGGAUGUCACGAUGGUCGAUGGGGAUGUCACGAUGGUUGAUGGGGUUGAUGAGUCCCGAGGGGAUCCAGAGUUAGAGGAGCAUAACAUUGAGUUGAGUCUUGGUGGGCAAGAGAAAGUAAAGAAGGAUAGUGUUGAAAUUGAGCAAGAGGUGGGCCGGAAUGAUGAUAUUAUAGAUUUUGGGGGAAGUAAGGAGUUGGAACCGGAGCAGAGCGUUUUGGAUAGAAAGAUUGAGUAUGGCAGUGAUCAUAUCUUGCAGAGGUGUAGUCUUGGUGAUGUUGGGGAAGAUUGUGAGGAAGAUGGAAAAAAGGAUCUGGGAGGAGAGAUAGAAGAGGGAGGAGAGGAUGGACAGGAAGAUGAUGAAGAGGAGGAAGAGCAUGAGGAAGUGUUUACCAUGUCAUUAAAAGGUGAGGCUCUGGAUGGCAUAACUUCAUCAAAUCUUAUUGAAGCCAUGGAUGCUGCACAACUAACUUUCAGGGCUGGAAUGCAAAUUCGUGACAACUCCUUACCAGAUUUUCUUGUCUCUAGGGUUGAUACUCAGUCUAUCCCAGUUGGUUCCUCAUUUUUGGGGAAUGUUAACAAGAGAGAUAUUGGGCACGAGACUGGUACUUCUGAUCAUUCUCUUAAUGGGAAUAAUAAGCGGUUGAGAGCUGACAGCCAAUGGCAUGAGAAGCAGUCUGACUUUUAUGGAGUCCUGCAGGACGCUCAGCAGUCUUUGGCAAAAGCUAGAGUGCUUUAUGCUGAGAGAGAACAGUCUUAUAAUGAGUUGAAUAUGAAUCAACAACUUUUGCUUCAUGAGUUGCAAGAAAGGCAAAGGCUUAUUGAUCAGUUGCAGAAGGCCAGAUUUGAGGAGCAACAUAAGAGGCAAGUGGAGGUUUUUAGGCUUGAGCGUGAGCUCUAUAUGAUGGGAAAUCUAUUAGAUGGUUACAGAAAGGCUUUGAAGGAAACACAUCGGAAUUUUGCUGAAUAUAGAGCACGCUGUCCUCAGCCUGAUGAGCCACUUUACAAGGAUGUUAAGGGAUCUGGGGGUUUAGUUUUGAGCACUGCAGAACUUGAAAAGCAACGAUUGAAAGAAGAAGAAGAAGAAAGGAUAAACAGAUUGUUGUUGGAGAGGAAAUUUAAGGACUUUGAAGCAGGGUGGCUCGCUAAAUUUGAAUCUCACAAAGAUGCUGUUUUUUCACUGGAUGAAAGGUUGAAUAUUGCAGACAAGGACGUGAAACAGCUAAAGGAAUUAGCAAAUCGAAGGGUUUCAGAGACACCAGAACAUGAUCCAAAUGAACAUGAUCCAAAUGAACCUGAUCAAAAUGAACCUGAUCCAAAUGAACCUGAUCCAAAUGAACCAAAUGGAAAUGAACCUGAUGCAAAUGAACCUGAGGGAAAUGAACCUGAUGGAAAUGAACCCGAUCCAAAUGAAUCGUGAAAGUCAAUUUGCGUCAGGACAAUGCUGGAUGUUAAUGUUUUUGAAUAGCAUUCAUGUUUGCUGCAAAAAUGAAGAAUAGGGGCGAUGGUGAGAGAACAAGGAAAUGAUGGUUUAUGUACUUGCUUGGUUAUGUUUACUUUGUGACUGAGUAUAAUCUUUUGGAACCUUAAUUAUGGAAACAUGGUCGUAGUAUCGUAUCACAUUUGGUAUUGGAUGAUGGAAACAUGGUUGUAGCAUCGUAUCUCUAUCUCAUGGUAGUUAUAUCUCUCCCUUAUCUGGUUUAAGGAAGACGAUCUGUAACUGCUAUAAAUUUAUCGUAACUUAGCCUGUUAGCUAACUUCAUAAGACA